AUGAUCCGUGUCUUGAAGCUUUCCGGUCAAGAGCUUGCCGCCGUGGCUGUUGGGGAUGUGGAAGAUGUCGGAAAAUUGAAGCGGCACUUGCUUUCUCUGUAUGACCUCCCGGUGUGCAUGCUGCAGCUUGUGCAGGACGGCUGUAUUCUCGGUGAUGCUGCUGUGAUAGAUGCUCCCGGCGCUGUGCAGUUAGUGCUGGUGCCUGUUUCCGGUGCAUCUCAGGGAGAAGCUGCGGCUGCGCUGAUUCGUGCAUCUGCCAAGGGCAACGUUGAAACUGUGCGUUUGCUUUUGCGAGCUGGUGCUAACAAAGACUUGGAGAACAGGGAGGGCAACACAGCUCUUAUCUAUGCAUGUCUCCGCGGCCAUAUGGAGAUUGUUCGCAUGCUUCUGGAAGCUGGUGCUGAUACAGAACUGACGAACAAAAUUGGCGACACAGCUCUUACUCUUGCAUGUGCGGCAGGACGUGUCGAGAUCGUACGCAGUCUUUUGGACGCUCGUGCUGACAAAGAAUUGACUGGCAGAUUCGGCGACACAGCUCUUACCUGUGCAUGCAGGAAAGGCCAUGUUGAGAUCGCACGCAUACUGUUGGAAUCUGGCGCUGACAGAAAGAACGAAUAUGGAGCUCUUGUCCUUGCAGCUGGCAAGGGCCACCUUAACGUUGUGCAUCUGUUAGUGAAAUACAGUGUCAACUUUCAAUCUGACGGCAAGUUUUCAGCAACAGCUCUGGGCCAUGCGUCUGAGUCCGGCCAAAAGAAAGUUGUCAACAUGCUCUUGGAGGCUGACACUAACAAGGAUUUGACGGACGCCUCCGGCAACACGGCUCUCAUGUGUUCUAGCCUCGAGGGCCAAGCUGAGAUCGUGCGUGUGCUUUUGGAG